UAACACCGUAGCACUUCAACACUCCAGCAAGACGGGAAUGAGAAGUGCAGGGGAGGGAGGAAAAAAAAACUAAGUGGCUGGAAAACAGUGUUGUGUUUUCUUGCAGACGUCACAGCCCGACCACAGACAGCAGAAGUAGGAAUAGGAUCAUACCAAGACAAGGACAGAGAAGUUCAGAAUGAAACACAUCAAAAUAUACAACAUUACAGCAAAAGGACAAAGUUGAUUCCCGAGGCGACUCGUUAGGGAAUAUCUGAAUAAUAAUAAAUAUUAUGUAUGCAUCGUGACCAGUCACUGCCAUAAAGGGUCCGGGCUGAAAACAAGGGACUGUUUAUGGUUUUACGUUCUUCUCCCUCUCUUUCUCUCCAACAAAUCGGCGGAGGUUUUGCGCACAACCGGGAGGCGCCGCUGACUGACGGCAGGAGGAAUGAAAGUUUGCCAGGCGGGCGGAAUAUUAUUCGACGUAAACACGUAUUGUUUUUGACACCAGGACUGCAUAUUUCAAUCCUAUACACACCGUAGAGACUUUAAAAACUGGACAUUAACUAAGCCGAGCAGCGAGGUCGAAAUCAACACAGAAAUCCUGUUUAAGGCGUGUGCGUGGGUUGCGCCGUAACAUGACGGCUGUGGCAGAUUGACGCGGAUAUCACGAGCGCCGCUGUUUAGGAGCUCGGCUUCUGAUUUAUCACGAAGUUCUGCCUCUUUAUUUGCAUAUUUUGUGAUUUAUACGGCUCGUGUAUAUAUUAAUCUACUGCUUUUGACUGAGGUAGGCUUGGCUUAAUUUACGCAGUGCUGCCAAAAUGAGUGUAGAGACGGAGCGCAGUGUGGCAGAUCUGAUUCAAGCUCAUGUAAAUGUUGCCAUGCAAUCUUCAGGAUUAUAGGCUCAAUCUCAACCUUUAUCAUCGAUUAAUGCUCGCUAGGCAUUUCGCGGUCGUCUCCGGCUAACAAUCACCCGAAGAACCGGAUCGCUUGGUCUUAAAGAACCUUUUGUUCUCCGGUAAAGAAGAAACAAACAUUUUAUGGUCAGAAAUCCUGCAGCUGUUGUCGGUUAAACGGGUCGCGGCGGAGACGAGCCAGAUGUUUCUCCGGGAACCUCACAAGUUUUUCUGAACUGUCCCUUGAAAUAAACAUUGUGAUAAAAUAAUAGCGCAGUCGUAGCUGCACUUUUGGAGUACCUAUUUUGAAUCUGCUAAAAAACUUGUAAAAAUGUCAGAAAACGCACCUACUCGGAGUCUGGAUGACAUCGACCUGGCCGCCCUGCGGGACCCAGCAGGAAUCUUCGAGCUGGUGGAGGUCGUGGGUAACGGCACCUACGGACAAGUGUACAAGGGUCGUCAUGUUAAGACGGGUCAGCUGGCAGCCAUAAAGGUCAUGGAUGUGACUGAGGAAGAGGAGGAGGAAAUUAAAGCUGAGAUUAACAUGCUGAAGAAGUACAGUCACCAUAGGAACAUCGCCACCUACUACGGAGCCUUUGUGAAGAAAAGUCCACCCGGACACGAUGACCAGCUCUGGUUGGUGAUGGAGUUUUGCGGCGCCGGCUCAGUUACAGACCUGGUGAAGAACACAAAGGGCAGCUCUCUGAAAGAAGACUGGAUUGCUUACAUUUGCAGAGAAAUACUUCGAGGUCUGUCUCACCUUCAUGCUCAUAAAGUCAUCCACAGAGACAUCAAGGGGCAGAAUGUACUGCUUACAGAGAAUGCAGAGGUUAAACUUGUGGACUUUGGGGUGAGCGCACAGUUGGAUCGUACAGUCGGCAGGAGAAACACUUUCAUUGGCACGCCAUACUGGAUGGCCCCAGAAGUCAUUGCCUGUGAUGAGAAUCCCGACUCCACCUAUGAUUACAGGAGUGAUAUCUGGUCUCUGGGAAUCACCGCUAUAGAGAUGGCUGAAGGAGCACCUCGUCUAAAGUUUAUUGACUUCAUCGAGGGCUGUCUCGUGAAGUCAUAUCCGAGUCGUCCAUCCACAGAGCAGCUACUGAAGCACUCGUUCAUCAGAGACCAGCCCACUGAGAGACAAGUCCGCAUCCAGCUCAAAGAUCACAUCGACCGCACGCGUAAGAAACGCGGCGAAAAAGAGGAGACCGAGUAUGAGUACAGCGGUAGUGAUGAAGAGGAUGAGAACAGAGGAGAUGAGCGAGAAUCCAGCUCUAUUUUGAAUGUUCCUGGUGAGUCGACGUUGCGGAGGGAUUUCCUGCGGCUGCAGCAGGAGAAUAAGGAGCGCUCAGAGGCCUUAAAGAGACAGCAGGCACAGCUUGCCGCUCAGCGCAGAGACCCUGAGGAGCACAAACGCCAGCUGCUGCAUGACCGACAGAAACGGAUAGAGGAGCAGAAAGAACAGAGGCGUCGCUUGGAGGAGCAACAGAGGAAGGAGAGAGAGAUGGUGCGGCAGCAACAGGAUAAAGCUCCUCACCGUAGACUUGAUGACAUGAGACGAGAGGAGGACAGGAGGAUGGCAGAGAGAGAGCAGGAGUAUAAACGUAAACAGCUGGAGGAGCAGAGACAGUCAGAGAGACUUCAGAGACAGCUGCAGCAGGAGCACGCAUACCUCGUCUCACUGCAGCAGCAGCAGCAACAAGACAAGAAACCACAGAUGUACCACUACAGCAAGAACCUAGAGAACAACAAACCGGCCUGGGCUAGAGAGGUUGAGGAGCGCAGUAAACUGAACAGACAGGGCUCUCCCAAAAUCUGCACUACAGUUUCUGACACCAAUAUCCAGUCCCGUUCUGAAUCAAUCAGCCAAUCAGGAGCUGCACAGACCCCACCAAUGCAGAGACCUGUGGAACCACAGGGUGGGCAGGGAAAGUUCCAGAUGGCCCACCUGGUGCCGUUAAAACCGUACGCCGCUCCUGUCCCUCGCUCUCAGUCACUAUGCGAUCAGCCCACUAAGACCAUGUCCGCCUUCCCCACCCAGGAUCCCUCUCCCACACCCACACCUCGUCCUCUACACUCCAGAGAACUAGUCCGUCAAAACUCUGACCCCACCUCAGAGACCCCUGCCCCUCAGUCUCGGCCAAUGAGGGACGACCGGGGACCCUGGAUCCGUCUUCCUGAGAUUGAGCAACCUCCUAAAAUUCCUCAGAGAACAGCCUCCAUAGCCACUGCACUGAACACAAAUCUCUCCUCCGGCAUCAGACACCCAGUUCGAGCAAGUAAUCCUGAUCUGAGUCGCAAUGAGCGCUGGGAGAGAGGAGAUAGCAUCAGCAUCAUGUCCAACCUGCCACAGACCGGCUCUCUAGAGAGACACCGCAUACUCAGCUCGUCCAAGAUGGAUUCCUCCCCCACCCUUUCUCAUGACAGCCGACACAAACCAGGGGAAUCCCGAACCUCAUCCAGACCCAGCAGACCAGCGAGCUAUAAGAGAGCAAUAGGAGAGGACCACGGUCUGUACUCUAAGGAGCGGGCAGAGGAGCAGCCGCGGCCCCCGGUGAAGGCUAAUGACUACUCCUCUUCCUCAGAAAGCAGUGAGAGCAGUGAAGAGAGUGAGAGUGGAGAGGGAGCAGAAGAGGAAAGCCCUACUGACCGCCCACAUGAUGCAGAUUCUGACUCUGUGAACACUAUGGUGGUCCAUGAGGAGGAGGAAGGUGAAGGAGGAGAUGAAGAACGUGCCGGGGGGUAUGGAGACCAAACCAUGCUUGUACAGAGGACUCCAGAGAAGCGUAGUCAUAAUGGAUACACCAACCUGCCUGAUGUGGUUCAGCCCUCCCACUCUCCCACAGACUCUGCCUCCCACUCUUCCCCUGGGAAAGACUCUGCCUAUGAUUAUCAGUCCAGGGGAUUGGUGAAGGCCUCUGGAAAGUCCUCUUUUACUACCUUUGUGGACCUUGGGAUGUACCAGCCAUCAGGGGGCACAGGCGAUAAUAUGUCUGUUGGAGGUCUGGGCUCUCGUUUUGAGCAGUUGAAGAUGGAGGUGAGGAAAGGCUCCAUGGUUAAUGUCAAUCCCACCAACACUCGUCCAGUUAGUGACACUCCUGAAAUCCGCAAAUACAAGAAGAGAUUCAACUCGGAGAUCCUCUGUGCUGCUCUCUGGGGUGUGAAUCUGCUGGUAGGGACAGAGAACGGUCUAAAGCUGCUGGAUCGGAGCGGCCAGGGGAAAGUUUAUUCACUUAUCAACUCGCGCAGGUUUCAGCAGAUGGAGGUUCUGGAGGGACUGAACCUCCUUAUCACUAUAUCAGGCAAGAAGAAUAAGGUGCGUGUGUAUUAUCUGGCCUGGCUGAGAAAUAAAAUCCUCCAUAAUGACCCAGAGGUGGAGAAGAAACAGGGCUGGACCACUGUAGGCGAAAUGGAGGGCUGUGUGCACUACAAAGUUGUGAAAUAUGAAAGGAUUAAGUUUCUGGUUAUCGCUAUGAAGAAUGCAGUGGAGGUUUACGCCUGGGCUCCCAAACCUUACCACAAAUUCAUGGCCUUCAAGUCAUUUGGAGACCUGCCACAUAGGCCUCUGUUGGUUGACCUCACAGUGGAAGAGGGUCAGAGGUUAAAGGUCAUCUAUGGGUCAAGUGCUGGCUUCCAUGCUAUUGAUGUUGACUCUGGAAACAACUAUGACAUCUACAUUCCUGUACAUAUCCAGUCACAGGUGACUCCUCAUGCCAUCGUAUUCCUGCCCAAUUCAGAUGGGAUGGAGAUGCUGUUGUGUUAUGAGGAUGAGGGUGUUUAUGUCAACACAUAUGGACGUAUCAUUAAAGAUGUGGUGCUGCAGUGGGGAGAAAUGCCCACAUCUGUAGCCCACAUCUGCUCUAAUCAGAUUAUGGGCUGGGGAGAGAAAGCCAUUGAGAUCCGUUCUGUUGAGACGGGACACCUGGAUGGAGUCUUUAUGCACAAGAGAGCUCAGCGGCUCAAGUUCCUGUGUGAAAGAAACGACAAGGUGUUUUUUGCAUCAGUGCGCUCAGGUGGCAGCAGUCAAGUCUACUUUAUGACUCUCAACAGAAACUGCAUUAUGAACUGGUGAAAGAGCUGCCACAUGAACAUAGAUUCUGCUGUGUGCACACAUACAAACACUGAAGAGAUAGUCCUCACAGAUAACAACACCCACAUACACUCUCACACUCUGUAAAUACACACACACACACUCCUGCACAAACCUCCAUAUAGAACACACACAGUUAUUUACUUCACAUCUUCCUGAAGACACUCCUUCAUUCUGCUGUGAUCUCUGAGCCACCUGUACAAGGCGUGCGUGCGUCUGCCAUGAGCGCGCUGCUGACCUCUGACAGAGCAAUGUUGUGUUCAUCUGAUUCCACAUGGGUUAGCUUUCAGCUCACUGGGGCCAAUGUUCCUCACUGCUAAUGUUUCUGACCUUUUUAGGACCAGACAAAAAUACUAAUUGUACAUUAUUCUACUAGAAAUGUGUGUAAACUACGAAAAUCGUUCAAUUGUUGCUCGUCUUGUGACGCAGCAGCGGUGUGCGUGUGUUUGAGAGACUUUAUAAGCUACUUCAAGCAGCAGAAACAACUUGAAACAGCAGUGGUGUGAAUGUGGUACUGCAACAGCUGUAAUUUUCCAUUUCCACUGUAUAGAGUAGUAGUCGUUUGUUCUUGGUUGCAUUCAGAGUUCCAGAUAAAAGUGAUACAAUGUUUUCUUUCAACAAGUAGAAGUAUAGAAACUGAUUUAAAAAUAUAAGUUUGAACAUAUUCUGAGAUGGCUUCCCUUCUGAGCAAGGGAAGGUUUUUGCUUUCUUGACGUAUAAACAAUAAUCUGACGCCUGUGUCACCAAACUGUUUGUUCGAUUGGAACGGUGGUGGCCGCUUACGGAGCAGGAUCCAGCGUUUUGCUUUUCCACUAGUCACCCACAAUGGAGCAACAGUCUCUGGUUUUCGCUUUUCAAAGCACUUUUUUUCUUUCUAUGUGGGAAGUAUCAUCAUAUCUACUACAGUUUGAUAUUCUCCGUACGUAAGCGUAUUUGGUAUUACUCCGACUUUUAUUAUCUGCUGUUCUAUAGCUGUUCUAUUGCAAUACGUGCUGUGUGCUCGUUCUUGUUCAAAGUUUUACGAGGGAGUUUCUCUUGGGAUAUUUUGAUUUUAGACAGGAAGAUACAGUAAGCUACUCUGGAUAUGAUUGAAAGCGCUUUUUGGCAGCAUAAACGUAUUGUAAAUUGUAAAUAGCAGCCACGAUCGUAUUUAGAUCUCAUUUGUAUUCAGUAGGCACAUGAUUUUUUUAGGAGUUCAAUCGCUACACGACUGCGUAAUACACUUGAGAGUGAUUUCAUAACUGAGUCAUGUGUUUGUGCUGUCAAAAUUGCUUGAUUGCUUAUGGGAGGUGUAGUUUUUUUAGGCAGGCUUGUAGUUCAUCAGGGAUGUGUGCAUUUGAUCAGACUUUUUUCUUUGAUAUUUGGACCCCACCAUUAGCAACACAAACGUCAUGUUUUAGAUGAAGACUUGGGUGGAUUGGAGCAAGAAUAUUCUUUUGUUUAUUUGACAGUGUGCCAAUGAGCUGCACGUGUGUGCGGGAGUGAGUGAGUAUCAGUGGGAAAUAUUAAUCAGUAACGUAUAGUAGGAUUAGUAUAAAGCAAUAGUUUAAAUAUUAUUGAUGGGUUUGUGCCUGGUGUUACUGUCUCCAGCUCUGCAAUACUAGACUAGAGAUUUUUCUCAAGCUUUUCACUCAUUUCCAUGCAGAUAAUCUACAUUUACCUAAAAAGAAUACCUUCACAAUCUAGUCUUUUCUCUUUCCCUAUUUGAUGAAGAUGGUAUUAUACCAUAAAUGCUGCCUUUACAAAUAAAAGUUUGUGUACACUAAUCACAGAAUAGAAUAUUUGACGCACUCUGUCCCUCCUAAACAGUUUUCUAGUUAUUAACACUAAAUGAUUUUAGCACUGAUUUGUACAGUAGCUUGUGGCGGUACAAUCAUCAUCUAUUACCUAAUAGCCCCUCCCACUGGACAUAUUGCCUGCUGUCGCACAGUCUAGACAAACAACUAAAUACAGAUGACACAUUCAGUAAGUCAUUAUUAAAAUAUGGCAGCGCAACACUUCAGACAAAUAAUUAUAAAUAGUUGCAUUUCCGAGAGAGGCGUGGGCUUAUAGUUCGAUUGUUCAUCAUCUGUUAGUGGGCAAAAUCAAACCGAACUUGAAGGCUACUGUGCCAUUAUGACAGAUUCACUCUCUCUGAGACUUACUUCGUUUGUGCCCCUCAUCCUUACUUACUUUCUCUUACUUGCUAUAGAACUUAAGCAUUUUCCUGCUUAGUAAAUCAACCUGCCAUGUUUACUGACAUAACAGUGCCUUGGAUUGGGGUUGGGUGUAUUUGCUUGAUUGUGUGCAUGUGUGUGUGGGAGAGCGUUGAGCAUGUGAUUGUUUUAAUAAGAACUGAAGUUCAGGGAAGAAAAAAAGUCCAGUGCGCAGUUAGGGGUCUUGUGCCAACAAAGUGCACUUAAACUGACAAUAGCCAGAGCACCAAAACAGGCUCUUCUCACUCUGUUUUAGCACAAAAGCCAUGCCAUAAUGAGUUCAUUCCUCCAGUUUGAAGGCAGUAUUUAGAUGUUUGCUUACCACCAUAUUACAGUCCAAACGCCCUACAGUUACAUGACAAGACGAGCAUGUUGUGGAGUGCGUGAUGGUGAUGCUUGUAGCUCGUAUAUCACUAUAUCGUUUGGCCAAACGGAAAGUCUCUGGUUUUCAUGCUGGAGGUUCACGAAAGGUUCGGGUUGUCAUGGUGAGGAGCUGCUCGCAUGCGUGUGAUGUAAGUCCCCAGCAUUCCCAAGAGCUCUUGGAAUUUGGUGCGAUUUUGCCUGUAUGUUUAAUAGUAAAUGUGUAUAACUGUGUUCACACUACUGGAUUGACAGAUUUUAUGUUUUUAUAGAAGAAUUAUGAUGUAAUGAAUAACGAAAUUAAAUGGUUUUGCAAAUUAGAUAAGGAGUUUAUAUUAAGAUUACAAUGGCCUGUCGGGAUGGUGGAAAUGAAUGGAGGGGAAAAAAAAAAUAUAUAUAUAUAAAAUCCAUGAAUUCUUUUUUUUUACCCAAAUGUAAAUUUAUAUCAAAAAUAGUGUAAUGAACGUAACCUUAUCAAUAGAACUGAAUAAAAGAAUGCAUUGAUAUAUAGCAUUUCUCUGGUUGAAGAAUAAUCAUUCGAGCACAAAGCUUCUCCCUGUCGAGCUGUGCAUACGGCUGUACGUUCAGUAGCCCUUUUUCCAAGCGAGUGUUAUAAAAGAGAGCAUGUGGGUGUGCGACUGUGCAUGUGUGAAUAGGAGAGCUAUUUUUGAUCUGCGUGUGUGCUGUUCAUUAUUCCCUCAGAGGAAA